AUGCAAAAUGAAAUUGCACCAGAGGCAUCACAAAAUAAUCAAGUAAGUUUUUUUGCAGGCUUAUUGUUCAUAAUUAGUAGCUAGCUCAAACGGAAAAAUAGGAUUGCUCUGUGGACUUAACACGCUUUAUCUGAACAAAACUAACUUUAUUUAUAGAUUUUAUACUGGAUAGCUCUUCCAGUUUUAAACUGUUCUCCCUAGAGGUCCAGUAAGGAUCAUCCCUAAGGCAUCCCCAAGCACUAUCCACUGUGUGAUAUUUAUCGCUGUGUCUAUAAUUAACUUACCUUAGGGAAGUUCAGAUUUAACCACAACACCACUCACAGCCUUAAUACACAUUUGAUUGGUUAAUUGGCCACAAUAAAUGCAUUUGAUUGGUUAAUUGGCCACAAUAAAUGCAUCUGAUUGGUUAAUUUGCCACAAUAAAUGAAUUUGAUUGGUUAAUGGUAACAGUAGCGGCAGUGAAAGUCAAAAUCUGAACCUCUCAGUUACAGUAUAUCAUUCUAUUUCUUGUCGAACUUUCGGCAUUCAUCUCCCUUUUGAACCAGAACUUUGCCAUGUACUUCCUAGGUCAUUGAGGUCUUUUACCACGCCUCUCUUCCACACACUCAUUUGCGAUCUUCGUACGUUUGUCAUCCUGCAUCCUCAUGGUAAGACCAAGCCAAAUCAGCCUCCCCUUUUUUGUUAAUACAGGAAUCAGAUAAUAGUCCAGUUGAUGAUGAAACAGAACCGUACGAAGAAGUCCAAAUCUCGCCAUCUUCUGUUUACGCUGAGCUUGACAGAAACCGACAAGACGAAACAACAAAUGAUGGCCUCUACCAGAAAUUGUUAAAACUCCACUCCGAUUAUGCAAUACCUGCUCAUACUGAAGCAGAAUCAUCAUACGAAGAGGUUGGGAAGAUAAAAACACCCCCUGGCUACACAGAGCUCGACAACACGAAACGAGUGCAGGAUGAUAGCGCUUGUUACCAAAAAUUGAUAAAGAAAUGA